CUACAAACUUACUGGUGAAAAUAUCACAUUAUCAUGUUGAAGAUCAGUUUGGUUGUCAUUUUGUCCUGUGUUUGUUGUCGAGCUGGAAAGCCAGGAUGUUUAAAAGAACACCUCAUAAACGAAAUUGAGAGGAACUUGAAAGAUCUACAAUCUAUGCAUGUUCACAACGGUGAAAACUCAGGCGAGACGUAUAUUAGAUGGGGGAAAACAUCAUGUCCAAAGGAGUCUAAUCUUGUUUAUGAUGGAUAUGCUGCUGGAAAACACUACAACAUGGGUGGGUCUGGUUCAAAUCUUCUAUGUUUACCAAAGAAUCCUGAAUGGAAAGAUUAUAAAGAAGGAGAGAAUGCUGACACAGGUAAACUAUAUGGUAUCGAAUAUGAAAUCGGUUAUAAUAAGCCAUAUCCAAACACUUUUCACGAUAAAGAUACGCCAUGUGUUGUAUGCCAGUCGAAAAGAUCAACAGUUUUAAUGGUACCAGGCAAAGUAUCAUGUCAUAACGGAUUGCACAAGGAAUUUUCUGGAUAUCUCAUGUCGCAGGCAAGUAAAAAUAGUCGUACACCAUCAGAAUACAUCUGUGUUGACGAGAAGUUGGAAUCUGUGCCUGGCGGGGAUUCCAGUCGCAAUGAGGGUGUCGUGUAUCCAGUGGAAGCCGUUUGUGGAAGUUUAAAAUGUCCACCAUACGUGAGUGGCAGAGAGCUUACAUGCGUUGUUUGCUCCAAGUGAAAUACAAAACUAUAAUCUGAAAUAAAAUAUAUAAGCACAAACAA